AUGUAUGGGAAGCUGUAUAAUCCUAACAGCAAGAUUAUUGUGCGGACGACGACGCAGGACAGGAUGUUGAAGUCGGCCGAGAAUUUUAUGGCGGGGUUCUUUGGGUUGGGGUGGACGAGCAAUGCGACGAUUGAGGUUAUCAUUGAGGAUGCUGGGUACAAUAAUAGUCUGGCUGGGUAUUUGAACUGCCCGAAUGGGAACAAGGUGAAUGGGGGGUCCAAGGCGCAGGAGAAGUGGAUUGGGGUUUACUUGCAGAAUGCAACGGAGAGGCUGGCGAAGUUGGUUGAAGGGUACGAGUGGACGGUUGAGGAUACAUACGCUGCGCAGACAAUGUGUCCAUAUGAGACUGUGGCAUACGGCUUCAGCAAGUUCUGCGAGUUGUUUACAUAUGAAGAGUGGCUUCAUUUCGGGUACUCGAUCGAUCUCAACUUUUACGGAAACGAUGGAUUUGGAUCGCCGGUUGGAAGAGCGAUCGGCCUUGGCUACCAGCAAGAAGUCGUUGCCCGCCUCCAGAACCGCACCCUAGGGUACUCAGGCUCCCAGAUCAACGUCACCCUCGACAACAACACCGGCACAUUUCCCCUGAACCAGUCUCUCUACUUUGACUUUUCCCACGACACCAACAUCAUCAGCAUCCUGGCUGCCUUUGGCCUGACGCAGUUCGGGGCCACACUCGACCCGCUCAAGUACCCAGGUCAGCAUAACUUUACCGUGUCGGACAUGACGCCGUUUGGUGCCAGGCUCGACAUCGAGAUUAUCAAAACUCAAAAACCGGUUCUGGCGAAUCGGGAGGUGGAUGAGAUAGGGAAAGAGACGGAGUAUGUCCAUUUUGUGCUAAACCAAAGGACGGUGCAUUUGGGGUGGAGCUUGGAGGAGUGCGAUGGGGCGAGGAAGGAUGGGUGGUGUGAGUUGGGGGCAUUUUUGAAGGCGCAGGAGAGGAUGGCGAAGAUGGCGAGAUACGAGGAGGCUUGCCAUGGGGAGUUGAGCGGGGAGAAUUGGGAGUAUGGGAGGGUGGUGGAUGGGGUGCCUGUUUAG